AUGUCUAGACGCAAGUCAAAGGCUAGACCUUGGAAUAAGAACAAACGAAAUGUCCCUGGCAACAUUCCUGUCAACUCGACUACUGACACAAACUCCGAAUGGAACACAAACGCUGGGUGGACCCAGACCACCAAAGCCAACUAUCAACAUGUUCAUGAACCUCUCAUGGAGGUGACUCCUAUCUGUAAGCCUGAGUAUCGAGGACCCUAUGGCCCCAAGGAGUCUCGAGAGCGCCUGGAGUCGAAAGGCUACCAUCCCUUGAUCACUAGCAUGACCAAGGAAGAGGUCGAGGCCUCUUACGGCGAGAAACGUAAGAAAAGUCUUGAUAAGCCAAGCUACUCGAAAUAUAUCCAUGGGAAGAAAGAACAAGGCUUCGAGGGUCGUUACACUUCCGACAAGAAUCUGCUCAUCAAGGCAACCGAGUCCUCCUUUGAGAGCAAGGAUGAGACCACCGAACUCAUCAAGGAAGUUUUCAAUGGGACACACCCCCAAGGUCUUCUGAUUGCACAGCAUCUUGCUUCGCUCGGCAUCAAGCAGCUUGAGAAGCUUGCUCUCACUCGCCCACGAGAAUGGGAUACCCUUUCCAAGGGUAUGGCCAUUUGGGAUUUCACUACCAACAAGUUCCAUGGCGAACCCUCAGGCCACGUUUUCUUGUGUCUUUUCCCAAAGAUUUCUCAGGGAGCUUUCAGCAAGUCGCCUGCUCAUGAGGAAUCGCGAGAACAGGAAGUACUUGCUCGGGAGAAUAUCAUCAGGAUGAUCAGGUGGAUUUUCGCCCAAUGUGGUCCUACAGAGCUACCCGCUUGGCAUCUGGAAGAAAAAAUCAAGAUGCAAACCGAGGGGCCGAGUCCUGAAGUCCUGCGCUGUCUCACCACAGGCACAAAGCCACCACCGGUUGUGGUCAACAUGACUAGAUCCAUCCAAGACAUCAGUGAACUCCGCCACAUGAUGGGAGAUCAUGUCGACCAACCCGAGCAUCUCGACUAUUACAUUUCCAAGCAAGUCGCACUGAAGAACAUGUUCGGCCUACUCACAAACAUCUUCAACAGAAGAACAAACAUUCGCGUUCUUCACUUUCAGAAAACGCCGCUUCUUGACCGACGACUGGUGGCCUGCAUCUUGCGUGCUUGUCCCCAUAUCACCACACUUGGCAUCUAUCAAUGCCCCCUGAUUCACUUCGGGGAUGUCAUCUGCCUUUUGGAUCUUAUCCAUGAGGUCAAUUUGGACCGCGGUAGACAGAGCUUGCCACUGGUAGAAGCCUUGGACUUUUACCCUCUAUACCAUGCUGGCAUGCCCUUCAAGGUACCCCCUAGCGAAAGACUCUCCAAGGCGGAGAUGGACCGUGGUAUGGAGCCCGAGACAAGGGAAUUCCAUGGAUACGGCAUCACUUGGACCUACAUGCCCAACGAGGUCCUUCAGCGAGGCGUUUUUGCAAUCCUCUUGAAAGCUGUUCUAAAGGCUCGCAAGAUGGGCAUCCGUCUUCUGAUGGAUAAAGACGCAGCCUUCAUGAGGUACCUCUCGGAUGUUCCCAUGCUACCCGGUAUCAUUUUCCAAUUCCUAGACGGGUUGUACCGCUAUCUUGAUCUCAAAGAGGCUGGAUCCGAAGACAACACCGCCAUGAAAAGAGCGAAGUACGACAUGAUCCUGGCCGUACGCACCGGCCUACAGUCACCGUAUCGCAACACUUUCGACCCCUCCGACGACGUUACCCGACAGGUCACCUCACUCUUUUGCCGUUCAUGUGGGUAUGAAAUGUUGGAUAUUUUCUUCUGCAACCAGCAAAUGCGAUUGCCAGCUCAUCGACGAACCUGCGCUGGAUGUGACUUCCAGGCUUGCCUCGACAAACAGAGCGAUCAUCUAAAGCAUCAUGAGUUAAAAUUGAUGGGACUUUUCUUAGAGACGGACUGGGACCCCAAGGGUUUCAACAUUGAUGCUCCGGUCCAUGACGAUGGCCAAGAACUUCUUUCUUUGCACACCCGAGAAACCACACGCGACCCGCCCCCUCCGAGGGUGCACCUCCCAAAUGGUGAAUUCGACCAGCCGUCGUACCAAGAGCAACUUGUCUGCGAGCAUAAGCAAAACAACGACUGUCUCCAGGGCCUGCCCACUCUUCAGGGCUUGCUCCUACAAAAGAACGCCGAGAAGGAGAAGGCAAAAAACCGGGCUCUCCACAUUGAUGCAUGCCGAGCCCUGUCGAUCAUCAUGAAUCUCCGCGACCUCGAGCUUGCUGAGCACGAGAACAAUCACGGUGUCGGUGGUCAUUUUUGUGAAGGGCAGGGCUGGCGUCCUCUCUCCAGAGGCUUCAGAAUGAAAGGUGUAAGCCACACAUUCGAGUCAGCCACGAAGGCGGCCGAAGACCUCAAGAUGAGGGCCGACAUUGCAGAAGGUCGACGAUCGGAGCAGGAGGCUGCGGGAUUUUGGUGA